AUGGGGGUCAGUUUCUCGGCAAAUAGUCUUCAUCUGGUUUCCGUCUUCAGUGUAGGCCUGCUAAUCUCAACUGCAUUUGUGCUUAUCAUUCCCGAAGGACUGGAACAUUACACUGUUCAUGAACCGAUAGGUUUAUGGCUUUUGGCUGGUUUUGUCGUGUUAUUCAGCAUAAAUUCCAUUACUUCCAUAGCCAACUCCAACACGUGUCUCCCAUCGCAAUUCGAACAAUCUUUUCAGCUAUCGCAUCUAAGCGAUGAGUUCAUACGACCAUUGUCUCCUCCAGAGUCCGCACAGGCCGAGCCACAACUGGAGCGUCCAUUCGUUGCUUCAAAACCAGAAAAGAAUAUGCUGUUAGCACCUUUCAAAAACCCAAGAACUUUAGGACUCAUAAUUCAUGCGCUCACAGAUGGUAUUGCCUUGGCAUCUUCCAUAAUGUCAGACUCUGAUGAGUCUGUCAACUUCACAUCUCUGUUUGUUGUUUUUGCCAUCUUCAUCCAUAAACUACCUACUUGCUUCGCUCUAUCCUCUCUCCUGCUUGCUGCCGGAACAUCCAACAAAGAGAUUCUCUACCAUGUUGGAGUUUUCUCAUCAUCGUCACCAAUCGGUGCACUUUUGACUUACUUCAUGGUGUCAUUUGUUAUCAAUGGUAAUUUCAAUGAGGCCGCUGGCGAGCUUCUGGUCUUCAGUGGCGGCGCUUUUCUGUUUGUUGGAUUUCAUGCUCUUCACGAGACUCUGAACCCUAACAAAAGUCCAAAAGAUAAAACUUCGCAAUUCAAAGGGCUCGGUCUGUGCUUACUAGGAAUGAUCAUACCCGCAUUUAUUGCAUUCGUCAAAGACGAGGCAUAA